AUGGCUCCUCUAGCAACCGAGCCACACCUCCCCUACCAGGAGAAAGGCCUGGAAAACUCCCUGCAGCAGAGCCAGCAGCUGUACUCCACCCAGCUGCAGGAACUUUCCCAGGUGAUCACUGGGCUGGAGAGCGAGCUGGAGGAGGUGAGGGGCGGACUGGCCACCCAGCGUCAACGCCACAGCCAGAUGCUCGACACCAAGAUAAGGCUGGAGCGAGAGAUUUCCACUUACAGAAGACUGCUGGAAGGGGAAGAAGGCAGGUACACAGGCCGCACCAGGCAGCCGAUGAGUCUACAGCCCUGGGGCUCAUCUUCGACAGAGUCUAAGGAAAACGGGCUGGAGAUAAGUUUUAGUGACGCCACAAUCACCCCAGAUGAACCAAAGUCAGAGCCACUGCCUGAAACUACUUCGAUUCUACCAGAAUACCACAAAUCAAAGGACGGUUCAACCCUCCAACGGCCACAGAGCCUUGUCAUACUCACAGAGCCGGAGCAAGACAGGGAAUUGGCGAUUUCCACUGUGAAAACUCAGGAGGUUCUCCAAGGUAACGUCGUGCAGGAAAGUGCAGAGGGCCACGGCAUUGUCGAGACGGAAAACAUCGACAGGGUCAUCAAGCAGUGGGAGAGUUCUUUCUUCAGGGGGAAUCCCAACCUCCGGAGGAAGUCCGUGUCCCUGCGCUUCGACCUGCACAUGGCAGCGGCAGACUUGGGCUGUGCUCAGACCAAACAAGACAGCCUCCCCGACGUCGAAGUGCGUCUCAUCAUGAAAAGAUCCCGCAGCGCCGCAACCACACCCUAACUGCGGAUUGGUACGGCGCCGGACGACCGCAUCUCCUGCCUUGUCUGAUGUUUCCAUAGGCCGGAUUCCGAAAUCGCGACAUCAAUUGACGCUGAAAAUGAAGGUUGGAUGUGAUUUCUUUCCACAGAACUUCACUCACGUUGGAAUAGCAUGAGCCAUACCUUUUUUUUUUUUUUUGGGCUAAUAUUUACAGCUUCAUACACCUCAGUGACUUCUAGCAAGCUUCUGGUUGAAUUUUUGACCACUCCUCUUAACAAAAUUGGUGCAGUUCAGCUAAAUUUGUGGGUUUUCUGACAUGGACUUGUUUCUUCAGCAUUGUCCGCACGUUUAAGUCAGGACUUUGGGAAGGCCGUUCUAAAACCUUAAAUCUAGCCUGAUUUAGCCAUUCCUUUACCACUUUUGACGUGUGUUUGGGGUCAUUGUCCCAACUGCGCCCAAGACCCAACCUCCGGGCUGAUGAUUUUAGCUUGUCCUGAAGAAUUUGGACAAUUUACUCUCAGUAAAGCACCAGUUCCAGUGGCAGCAAAACAGGCCCAGAGCAUAAUACUACCACCACCAUGCCUGACGGUAGGUGUGGUGUUCCUGGGUUUAAAGGCUUAAUUGGGAUGAAUAUUUACGGCUGAAUACACCUCAGUGACGGUGCUCCAAAAAGAGACAUUUGAAUGCAUUUCAACUCACAAUUCUGGAUUAGAAAAGAUGACAGAAUCUGUAAGCAAGGAGUGCAGAAACGAGCAAGAAAAACACCAUCCAGCGAAAAUUAUUUGCCGGGGCGUGGGCGGGACUGAGCAAAUGUUUGCCUAUCAGCAUCGGCCAAUGUACAGUAAUAAUCAUCUCUGUACCAUGACUUCACCCUCUGCACAAUCAAUAGUUAGACAAAUCCUAUACAAUGUAGGAUCAUUUAUACAUUGGCAAACAAACAUCCUGCACUACCCCUGAUGUGCAUUGUCUCACUGCCUCUUACAGCCAGCAGGUGGCGCUAUUCUGUUAUUUUAUUUUCAAUCAAAACGGUAUAAUAAGCUACAUUAAAGUUAAAAUCCCAACGAUAGUAACACA